AUGCGGUCCUCGGCUAAAGAGUUUCGCACGGCCAGCUUGCACGAUCUACGCAACAUAGCCAACGGGUCGUUGACGUUGAAACAGACACUACGGUUUAAACGGAAUCACAGGGAUGGGCUUGCGACACCUGUCGCUGCUGUUGCUGCUGCUGCUGCUGCUGCUGCUGCUACAACAACGUCUACCCUCUCCCAGCUGCCUACCCUGCCUGUGCCGUCUUUCCUAUGCCCUUUUUCCAAGUCACUCGUGCUGUCGAUCCAUCCUCCUCAUGGAGGCCCGCUCCCUUCUUCUUCCUCUCCUCCUCCUCCUCUUCCCCUAUCUCGCCCCCACCCCCAUCCUACGACCACUGCUUCUGUGAUACGCGAUCCAAAGGAAAAAGAGAGAGAGAAGAUAGUGCUCAACACAACCCUCCUUACGUCCUCCUUUGACAAGUUGAAAUUCAACCACCAUGAUACUCACUGGACAGCAGCAUCUGCACCCACCUCAUCUCCCGAAAACUUCACAUUCUAUCUUUCGCAACAAGCCAUGCCAUCUGCUCGCAGUAGCACCCACCCCUAUGCAUCCUAA